GAUGAUAUUUUUCUUGGAACUCUUUCUCCUCUAUUUAUUGCAGUUUUCCUCCUUUCACUUUCAGGAGACAAACGAACUGAUCAUUAUUUCAUCCGUUUUUCUUUUCUUUCCCUUACCUUUCUAGCUUCUCUGUUUAACCUUAAAGCUCGCAACACUAUCAGAGCUCUGUUUCACAGUUUCAGAACAAUGGAGGAACAAAACCAACCAGACGAUUUCUCUUCCUAUAAACAUCCAACUUUUCCUCAAGUCAUAGAGGAGCUAAAAGAGCUCUGGGCUAUGGUUUUACCGAUCACAGCAAUGAACUGUCUAGUCUACGUACGCGCCGUCGUCUCCGUCCUCUUCCUCGGCCGUCUCGGUAGCCUCGAGCUAGCCGGAGGAGCUCUCUCAAUCGGUUUCACCAACAUCACAGGCUACUCAGUCCUCGUAGGACUCGCCUCGGGACUCGAGCCAGUAUGUAGCCAAGCCUUUGGUAGCAAAAACUGGGAACUCCUCUCGCUCUCUCUCCACCGUAUGGUCAUGAUUCUCUUGAUCGCCUCCGUGCCCAUCGGCCUGUUAUGGAUCAACCUCGGGCCCAUCAUGCUGUUCUUGGGCCAAGACCCGGAGAUAACCGCUACAGCCGCAGAGUACUGCCACUACGCGCUUCCUGAUCUUUUGACUAAUACUCUGCUUCAGCCGUUACGGGUUUAUCUAAGGUCACAGCGGGUGACGAAACCGAUGAUGUGGUGCACGUUAGCUGCUGUGGCAUUCCACGUGCCGUUGAACUACUGGCUUGUGAUGGUGAAGCGAUGGGGUGUUCCUGGUGUGGCGACUGCUUCCGUUGUGACGAAUUUGAUUAUGGUUAUGCUUCUGGUGGGCUAUGUUUGGGUUAGUGGGAAGCUGCAGAAGAGAGUUAGCGGGUCUAUGGCGGCGGCUACGGUGGUGGAGUUGGUUGGAGGGUUGGGACCGUUGAUGAGAGUGGCGGUUCCGAGUUGUUUGGGGAUAUGUUUGGAGUGGUGGUGGUAUGAGAUUGUGAUUGUGAUGGGUGGUUACUUGGAGAAUCCUAAGCUUGCUGUGGCUGCUACUGGGAUUUUGAUUCAGACAACAAGUCUUAUGUAUACUGUUCCUAUGGCUUUAGCUGGAUGCGUGUCUGCUCGGGUUGGAAACGAGCUAGGUGCAGGUAGACCAUACAAGGCGAGACUAGCGGCAAACGUGGCUCUAGCUUGCGCAUUUGUAAUAGGAGCAUCCAAUGUGGCUUGGACCGUGGUUCUAAAAGAGCGUUGGGCAGGACUUUUUACUGGCUACGAGCCACUCAAGGUGUUGGUUGCUUCGGUUAUGCCAAUUGUUGGGCUUUGCGAGCUAGGGAACUGCCCUCAAACUACGGGUUGCGGGAUUCUAAGAGGGACAGGCCGGCCAACGAUUGGGGCACAUGUGAAUCUUGGUUCGUUUUAUUUUGUUGGGACGCCUGUUGCUGUUGGACUAGCGUUUUGGUUGAAGGUUGGGUUUAGUGGAUUGUGGUUUGGGUUGCUGUCGGCCCAAGCGGCUUGUGCAGUUUCAAUAUUGUAUGCAGUUUUGGCAAGGACAGAUUGGGAAGGAGAAGCAAUGAGGGCUAUGAGGAUGACGAGUUUGGAGAUGAGGAAAGUUGGGAAGGACGAAGAAUCAUCGUCAUUGUUGGAUGAUCGCAAUAGGAGUGAUGAGAAGUUGGGUGGUGUCUUGUAAUAAAUCGGAUCAGUUGUGGGGUAAAGCAAAGACUUGAGAGACUUAUUGUUGUUUUCGACUUGUUUAUGUUUUGUGU